ACCGUAUCAGGCGUCAGUCACCAGGCGACUGCGGCGCGAUCGAGAAGCAAACGUUUUCAACCAAACCGAAUCGACUCGAAUCGGAGGACCGUCGCGGUCCAAAAUCUCUGGGGGGUUGAGCUUUUUGCUUAAAGAAAAUUUUCCCUCGACAAAUUUUCUUUUCAAAACAAUAAUCCGUCCCUUUAAAGAACAUUAUUAAAUAAAUCUUUUUAGUGUUUAUAUUCGCGACGUCGAAUUCGAGCUUUCGUGUUCGAUUUGAUGAGGAUGACAUCUCCUCAGUGGUUGACGACAAGUGCCUUCGGCGGCGUUCUCUUCGCGUUGCUCCUGGUCGCGGUGGCCCAUCCGACAGCGGCCUACGAUUGUGAGGGCAGGAGGAGGACGGUGAUCUGCAACUGCCGGAGGGAGACCUAUCCCGCGCUGAGGAUCGUGGUUCAUUGCCAGAAAACAGCAUCAUUUGCAGAGAUUGUCGACCAUCUUCGGAACAAUUUCGGCAGGGAGCCGGUUACUUUAGAAAUCGAUUCAUCACAACUUGACGAUCUUCAUAAUAGAACAUUUCGAGAGCUCAACAUGACCAUCGUCAAUCUUAAAUUGAAUAACAGUGGGUUAAGAUUUUCAGAUUUAAAACCAGACACUUUCUCGGGAUUAAGAGAUGUGCUAUUCUUCAGUCUAGCAGAUAAUCCAAUUGAGCAUAUUCCAACAACGCUCCUCAAACAAAUGCCCAACAUUGCGACAUUAGAUCUUGGAAGAAUGCGAGUCCAACAUUUACGAGAACAUGAUUUAAAUGAUCUCGGAAACGUCCAAGGGCUUUUAUUACCGAGUAAUCUAAUCGAGGAAAUAGACACCAGGAGUAUACCAGCCAACGUAACCAGAUUACAUUUGGGUCAUAACAAGAUAAGACACUUAAACGGAAGCUUAAGACACUUAAAUGAAUUAGUUUGGUUGUUCAUCAACGAUAAUAGUUUGACGAGUUUGGAUAAUCAACUACCGGAAAAUGGGAAUAAAAUGAUUUUAUUACACGCGGCUAACAAUAAAAUAAAAAAAUUACCGCAAGAAUUAAGAUAUUUAACGAAAUUGAGUUCGUUGUUUAUGUACAAUAACGAAAUAUCAACUUUGGAUACCAUUCUUUCAAGAAGUAGUUUAUUGGAACGAUUACAAUUGGAACGAAACCAUCUAAAAAUGUUACAAGUUGAUGAUUUCACCGGGGCUAUUAAAUUGGAAUCGCUUCAUUUGGACUAUAAUCAUUUAACGUCAUUGAAUGGAUCGUUGCAUCCGUUAAUAAAUUUGGGAUUUUUGAACGUCUCGCAUAAUAGAUUGCAAGAAUUUUCUUUUGAGGAAAUUAAAGGAUUGGAUAGGUUGACUAUUUUGGAUCUUUCCCACAAUCGUAUUAGACAUUUAGUUGGAUUUACAGUGAAUUCAUUAGAGUGGGGUUCCAAUUUAAGUGAUUUGAAUUUGGACCACAACGAUAUCCAUCGUUUAAAUUGCGCAGUAUCUGGUUUUACAAAACUAGUUCGUCUCAACGUCAGUUUUAAUAAGAUAACUCACAUAUCACCCGACGAUUUUAUAGGAUUAGAAAAUUUACACAUGUUGGACAUUUCCCAUAAUCAUUUAUCAACUUUAGAAGAAACAAGCAAGACGUAUCUUCCGAAAUUACAAGAAUUAUUGGUGUCUCAUAACCGUUUACAUCGAUUAGAUAAAGAUUUCCAUGGUUUACCAGUAUUAUGUUGGGCUGAUCUUUCUUACAACCAAAUCAUAUCGAUUGGAAGAGAAUUAGUGGCUAAAACGCAUUGCAGAUACAAUGAUAUUCGUUAUAAUCGUUGGGCUAAUUUAUCUAUUAAUUUAGCUGAGAACCCAAUUUUAUGUGACAUAUCCUACCCGGAUCUUAAAAUCGACAUGGAAAGGAAUCACACAAUUCUAUCAGGAAGCACAGAAUGCCUUUCGUAUCCCAACGUGAAUUAUCUUGGAUCCAGAGAAUCUCCCCAAAUAUCUUUAGAUCAUAAAAAAAGAAUCGAACCGCCUUAUUUGGACCCAUUCUACAACGUCGCCUACAACCCAGUAACGGAAAUGUCGAAUCAAGUUAAAAAAUCGAUCCAAACCGAAAACGAAGAACAAAACAAUCAUCAAAAUCAAAUUUCAUCCCAAGAAAGUGACCCGACCAAAUACACUUUAGUACAACAACAAAUUUUUGUACCAUUACCAAAUCAAUUUGCAAAUUCAAACGAACAAGAUCAAAACAAUGAGAUGCAACAACCGGAUUCGUAUCAACAUCAAACGUAUCACACCCCCGAAAGAAAUCUUAAUUUGAAUAACCGAAUCGAAACGAUACACAUGAAUAAUAAGCCGUUAAACGUACAACAAGUUUACACGCACGUCGAUCCAGUUUUGCAAGAACAACAAUUAACGCAAUUGGCCUCCGAAAUAGAACAGCUUCGCGCUAAAGUCGAAAAAUUAUCAUCCGAAAAUCAAAGACUAUCGCAAAAUCUAAACCAACAGAAUUUGAAUCAACAAAAUCUUGAGUCGCAAAAUAAAUUUUUCGAAGAUUCAAGGCCAAUGUUGCCUUUGGUACAAUUACCGACGAUUUCAACGACCGAACCUCCCAAUGAAAACAAUUACGGUAGGACGCGUUGAGCCCAACAGUUUAAUGUAACGCGGUGCGAAUGUAUGGAAAUAUUUGUUUUUAGAAUGGGUACGACCCGCAAAGUGUGUUAAAACGAUUAUUAUUUUUUUAAAAAGAAAUGAUUCGAAAGGAGUUAUUUAUUAGCUGAAUUUCCUAGUCACUUUUUUUUUAAUUUGUUUAUUACUUUUAUUAUUUUGUUUUUUUUUUAACGACGUAAAAAUUACAACUCACUAACUUAAUAAUGAAUACAAAUACAAAACAAUACGUUAAGAAGCAAACGUAUCAAAUCAACUCAACAAAAAGAAAUGGAAAUAAACACUAAGUAGGUACACGAAUGGAAGGGAGUAAUAGAAAAUGAGAAAUAAAUAUAUAUAUGUAGAGAGAGAAGAGUAUGUGAGUGUAAUAUAAUAAAAAAAAUUAAUUCUAAAUGUAACGUUUUACGUCCUUUCUUGUAAACAAUACAAAGACAGAACUUAAGUUACGUUUUCAUUUGUAUUCUAAUUAGUUAAUUAGGUUCACUCUUGUACAUGAUGAUUAUUAACUAUUAUUAAUGUUAUUACUGACUGUUAAAAAAAUUGUUUUUUGAGAUAGACUUGAUAAAUUAAAAAAAAUAAAUAAUAGAAAAACAAGACUAAACGAGUACUGUAAAGCAGCUAGUCUACUUUAACUUGGACAACGAUUAAGGAUACUUUAUUUAUUUGUUGAAAUUUUACUCGUUUUUAUUAUUAUCCAUUAAAUGCACUAUAUAGAGAAUUUAUAAAGUGGUGAUUAGCUUUACGGCCAAUAUUUUUAGAUUUUUAGGAAAUAGUUUAUGAUAGAGAUGCAGAUACCGAAAUUAAAAACGUAUCUGCGUGUAUUUAUAUAUAUGUAUAUGUUUAAUAUAUGUAAAUUAUUUGAUUUUUA